UCGUUUUCUUGUUUUGGGUUGCUUUUUAAGAAGUAGGAUUCACUUUAUAUUUUUUGGGUUGUGGCUACAGUGUCCGCCAUUCCUAAAACCCUCUUCUUCUUCUUCCCCAAAAUCCCAAAACCCAUUGCCGAUCUUUUCUCAACAAUUCACACCCAAGUGGUUUCAGCAGAAGCAAGUGGGAUGGCGCAGUUGGCUGGUCACAAGCGAGUGGCGUGCAUCAGUGUGCAUCGAGAAAACAAACCUCAACUUUCAUCAAUCAUUGCUGAGGAAGCCUAUUCAGAGGAUGAUAAUAAACCAGCUAUUAAAACUGAACCUCUGGUGAUAUCAGGAAUUAGGAAGAGAAAGCGACUGGGCCGUAGUCAACUUAUAGAGAUGAAAGCAGCAACGCGCAUGAAGGAAAGGCAAAACAAUAGCCAUACUAGUAGUCAAAGUAAGCGUGAUCCCCGUAGUCAAGUUAUAGAGAUGAAAGCAUCAAUGCGCAUGAAGGAAAGGCAAAACAGUAGCCAUACUAGUAGUCAAAGUAAGCGUGAUCCAAAGAAGCUCAAGGGUAUGGAGAGAUGGUCCCAUGAUAGGUAUAAGCUGGCAGAGCAAAGUAUGCUUGAAGUCUUGAAGGCCGAAGGAGCUACUUUUGGGAACCCAAUUUCCCGUCCAGCACUGAGAACUGCUGCUCGCAAACGCAUUGGUGACACUGGACUGCUAGACCACUUACUGAAGCACAUUGACGGUAAAGUGAUACCAGGGGGGACUGAGCGGUUCCGGCGGUGCUUCAGCCCCACUGGAGUGAUGGAGUAUUGGCUAGAGAGUGCUGACCUCGUUAACAUUCGGCGGGAGGCUGGGUGGCAGGAUCCUUACUGGGUUCCACCAAAUAGGCCAGGCUGUGGCCCUUCCCAGGAUCCUGUUUCUGCUGGAGAACUGAUGCUGCUUAAGACAGAAAUUGUCAAACUGAAAAGAGAUAUGCAGGAGCUGGUAUCCAAGAAUCAAGAGCAAGAUCAAGCUGAGGUGAUGCAUAAGGAUUUGCUGAAAUAUAAAUCUACUGUUGACGAACGCCUGAAGGAGAUCACUAAUUCUUUGGUGGGUGUGAAGGGGAUUCACGAGGAGUUGAUAGCAUGGAAAGCUCAUGUUGAGCAGCAGCUGGUAGAAAUUAAAAAUUCGUUGAGUAGCAUACAAGCAUCAAGGCAAGACACUGCCUUAAGUCCUCCAGCUUCUGAAAGAUGGGAAGAUUGGCUUGAGAACAGUAACCAUGAUAAUAUCAACGGGAAUGAAUUUGAUCCUUGUUAUGAGAGCACAGAUAUGGUUAAUGUCAAGCAAGAGGUUGCUGUCCAAAAUCCGUGCUCAGCUCUACCACCUCAGACUGUACCUGGUAAUAGCUCGUCUGAGGAUCCUAUUUGUGCAAGAGAUCUAGAGCUAGUUAAGGAAGAAAUGGCCAAAAUGAAGAGAGAUGUGGCUGGGCUGGUGCCCGUAAAGCAAGAGGAAGAUCAUGCUAAUGUGACCCCAGAUUCUUCUGCUACUGCCAAUUCAAAGUCAGACCUUGAUAACUCGUUACUUCCACUUCAGGAAGUGAUUAUGGAGCUGCUUAAGUGGAAGGAUAAGACGGAGCAGCGGCUGGAGCAGAUAUCAAAUUCUGUGAGUUGUCUGCAGGCACCAAACCAAAUAGAUUUUCUUCUCCCCUUCAGCUGUUAAAAAAGUGUGGAAAUCAUAGGAUAGGAUGUCGCUAUUAGCUCCAUGUUCUGGAGAACCAUAGGUAUCUUUUGGACCGGUAGGAUUUUAGAUCUUGUAUAGCAUUUACAAGUCGAAUGCAUGACUCCCUAUUUCAACCUCUAAACCAGUAGGAUCCAUAUCUAACCUAAAUUAUGAGACAACAUCUAAUUUGAUGAGUUAAUUUAUCAACAAACUUGACAUACUUAUGUGCUGUACAUUGGUGAUGUUCUGCCUUUAAGGGGAUGGAGCAUAAGAAACAAUUGGCUCCCUUAAUGGAUGGUGUAGAUCCUUAAUAGGAAUGCUUUUGUUGUACUGGAAUCAAUGACCUGUUUACAUUGCUUAUUUA